CUUGAGACGCGAACCACUGGGAUGAGGCGCCAGAGAGAGGCGCGCGUCGGGAAGGUGUUUGUAUGGUCGUGUAUUCGUCUGAACCUUAUUUUCUUCAUCACGCUCAAGACGCACGACCCAAAAACUCUCCAGUCCCCGAUCCACGACCGUCUGCACCAUGGACCCCGCAAAAUUGGCGAAGCUGCAGGCGCAGGCCGCGGCCAACAGGAUCGGUGGUAAGGGGACCAUGCGCCGUAAAAUCGUGCGCAAGACGAAGCCGUCGACCGCGCAGGACGACAAAAAGCUACAAGGCGCGCUGAAGAAGCUGAACGUGCAGCCGAUCCCGGGAGUUGAGGAGGUCAACAUGUUCAGGGAAGACGGGAACGUCCUGCACUUCUCCGCACCCAAAGUUCACGCAGCCGUCACUGCCAACACCUUUGCGGUCUACGGCACCGGCCAGGUCAAGGAGCUCACCGAGCUCGUGCCCGGCAUCCUCAACCAGCUCGGCCCCGACUCGCUCGCCUCACUGCGUAAGCUCGCGGAGUCCUACCAGGCCAUCCAGCAGAACCAGCAGCGGCCACCAAACGCUGCUGACGACGAUGACGACGACGUGCCCGACCUCGUGGAGAACUUCGACGCGGUCGAGGACAAGCCUGCGGAGAAGAGUGAGCUUGAGGAGCUCAACUAGGUGGUGUAGCUGCGUGGACGGACGGCGGGGCGUCGCAGGUGUGGUGUGGUGUGGUGGGAGCUGCUGAGACGUCCUGCGAGAGCUGGAGGGAGCUGGGGCUAUGAUACGUUCAUGCUACUCUUCGCAUUGCCACCAAAACUGUAACACUGCUGACACCGCGUCUUGUGCGUCUUUUGCUCGGUUUGCUCAUCGUCUCGCUUGCUUGAUCGAGUCACUGUCCUCUGUGUAUCAUUGGUACCUAUGACUGCACUGUAAUCCUGACAUAUCUGACGAAAUGCUCGGAGGACGUACCAGUACGACCAGCCAUGAAGACAUCAAGCAUC